UCAUGUCCCUGACGUCAUGCAGUUCUAGUACACAGCCUAUUGACUGCAUGGAAAGAUCCCCAAUACGCGUCCCUGUAGCCAAUGAUCGCAGGGUGAAGCAGCCCUUGUGUGUUGUGAUGCUGAGCAGGAUUCCUGAUGUGGGAUGAUGAUGCAGGGAUGACUGUUCCUGGGGGUGAUGAUGAGGAGGGUGCUGAUGCUGCCAGGGUUUGCUGCGUAUCCUGUUUGCUGUUUCUGCAGUCACGUGGGGCCCCUUUAAGUUUCCAUUGAGAGCAGCUUGUGGUGUCACAUGAUGGACAUGAUAUAAUGUAACCACAUCAGAGAGGGAGGCAGAGAGGAGGACAGGCUACAGCGACGACAGGACAGCUCAGCAGCACUCCGUCCCUACCAUAGCCCCACACUAUAUGGAUGGACACAGAUUCAACUCCACGGGGAACGGGAAGAACUUUCCCUAUCGCUUAAUAGAGAGAAGUGACAGGACGCGGAGCAGAGUCCCAUUGACUGCAGCGACAAGCUGUGCGCCCGCCCGGGGAUGGCGAGAAGUGCAGCGCCGCACAGUGUCAGAGGGAGAAGCAGCACCGUCCACAUCCAGCACUGAGAGGAAUAGAGGAGGGAGGAGCAGCUACUUCCAGCACAACACAUGGAGAAGGAAGGAGCAGCCACCUGCACUGCUCACCUCUGCUCCGGUGGGCACAUCGCCUGGCACUGCCAUGGUAUCGGGAGCACGAUGGAUCGUGAGCCCUACAGAAGAGGCAACCCUCUCCUUCAUGCCCGGGCAUAGGGAUACCGCACAGUAUAGAGUGUCAGCGCCGGCGGCCGCAACAAACAGGAGGACGAGGAGGGCAGCGCCUGCGGGUGAUAUAUUCUCUUUUACUCUUGAAAUAUUUCCUUGUCGUUCACAAAAAAAUCUCAAGAACAGUGAGAACAUGCUCUUCUUUUUCUUUAACAACUGCAGCUUUCACAUGACAACAUUUAACUUUUUAACAGUGAGACAUUUAGGUUUACUAUUGCAAGUAUUGUUAUUCGCCCUGUUUGUAUUGAAUUAUCUUUUCGUAGUGAUGCUAUGCUCCGUUUACAUCAUGCCUGUAAUGUAUGUUCGACAUUCUAGUAACAAAUUGAAGGGAUAAAUAAUAUAAUUGGUAACCAAAGAGCCUAAAAUAAAUUCCAGAGACAUUAGAGGUGAACUCCAAGGUCAAGGUGCAUAAGUUUGAGAUCGCACCACCUGGCUGUUUGAGUCAAAGUGGACGUAAUGGAAGAAAACCGAGGAAGACACCACUGUUAAAAGCAAAUCAUAAAAAAAACUAGACUAGAAUUUGCCAAAAUGCAUAUGGACAAGCCAAAAAGCUUGCUUCUGGGAGAAAGUCUUUUGGACUGCUGAGACAAAACUGGAGGUUAUUGGCAAGUCAUAUCUAUUUUAUGUUCAAAGGUAAAAAAUGAAGUAUACAAAAAAAAAGAACACUGGGGGAGAUUUAUCAAAACCAUGUCUAGGGGUGGAGUACCCCUUUAAGAGGAGUGGGCCAAGAUACCUGAAGACAGUUGCAGAAAUCUCUUUGAGAGUUAAAGAAAUCGUCUGAUCGCAGUGACAGCCUCAAAAGGAUGUGCAGCAAAAUAUUAAGUUCAGGGUACCAUCCUGUCUAGAUUCCUUAUUUUCUUUUUCAAAAUGAUUCUGUUGAACCACAAUU